UGAAUUCAAAGCAAUAUGAUCAAUAACUGGCAGCAUUUUUGCUGCAAUAAUUCUCUACCAUCAUACUCACCCUCUCCUUUUAAUAACGACACCGAUAGGUCAAAUACUACUUCAAGCGAAUACAUUCUGUACUUCAUAUUCGAUAUCUUUAAAAAUUAUAUUUGUGACUUUAAUCGUUACAAUUAUCUGAAUGUCUGCUUCGAAAGAUUACUUUUCCUCAUAUUACCAUUCGCCACGGCUACAAUUUGUCACGCUUACACUUUGGGCACGAUUUCUGCUACCCGGAAAACGAAGUGUUAUUCUAUCAAAGACCACGCCACAAUCCGUUGGCUUAACACAGAAAGACACGCUAUUUGGUGGACGGGCUUCUCUCUGAUACCCUGCCUCGGCUUAACCCUAUGUGGUCUUUAUCAAAUACUCACAUAUUCUCUGUUACAAGCUACUCACACUCCCACUUAUAAUAAUUUCAACAACGAAAUGAAACCUGGGUCAAAUAUACCUAGGUGGCUUAAUGUGAAUACUUUAAGUUCCUUGAUAUUGACGUUGUUUUGGAUCGUGAGAAUCAAGGUAUCGAGACAUAACACGCUGUUCAGAGUGCCCACCACUAUUGCCCACGAAGCGGAUUUCGAUUGCGAUCAUCUCGCGAAUACGCGACCACCGUUUGUAAAGCUCAAAUUGAAGACGCUACCUAAACGACUAUACCUAUUUUUUUUGGUGACGAUGCUUCCUUGUCCCGAAAAAUUCAGAGAACAUAAAAUCAAAAAAACGCGCAUCACUUCCGUUAGUUUGAGAGGCCUAAGAAUCGCCCUAAAUACUCUCAGAAUCUUAAUAUUAUCUAGUCUUGCUUUGUUUUUAACGUCCAUACCAUGUUUAAUUUCUACCAUUUAUAUUAUUCUUAUCAAAAUUAAAAACCACGAAAUUAAUUUAGUCCCGAGUUAUAUCGAAAUCGUUUUCUUCAUCGGGUCUAUGACGAUUCUCUUUUUACACUCGACGAUCGUCUUCAAGCUGACAUUCGAGCAUUUUGAACGCUUACUCGAUCGCUAUUUAAUUUUUCACUACGUUGCAUCUCGUGAUAAUGUUUCGAUACAUUUAUCUAACGGUUUACGCGCCAUAGAGCCAACUGAGACUGCUAGUUUAUUGCGCGAUUCAAUGCUUAGAUACGCUCAUAAAAGUUACGGUAGUUUGAAAUCAGGUUACUCUCCAACCUCGAUAGAAGAUAUCGCUGAUUAUAAAGAAUUACCGAAUAAUGCUUGGCACUAUGACUCCUUCGGACUUUUUUCCCGCUCCGUUUUUGCUUGGAUAGGACCUCUUAUAACUAGCAUACGUGUUUGGGGACUCAAAGCUGAUUCGUUGAUAUUGCUUCCUUCAUCACUGUGUUACGCGUAUCUCAAUUCGAAGUAUAUAAAACCCCACCGAUCUAGCGCGAGUUUAAAUGUGUUAGCGAUCAUAAAAUCGGCAGCGGGGAUAGAAUUCUUAGCCCUGGGCUUACUUAAAUUUGCCAAUGAGGUGGUUUAUUUCUCCUGUCCACUUUUGCUCAAUGCUCUUUUGAAGGCUCUUCAAAAUCGGCGUAAAGCUGCAAAUUCUGAAAGCGUAUCUAGUCACGAUUAUACGUUGUCCAUAUUAGGCUCAGGUAUGGGACUAGCUUCGGCAACUAUGCUCUCUACUAUCAUAACUGUCCAUUUCGAUUUUCGAAUCAGGUUAAUCGGCUUGCGCGUUAAAUCGAUCCUCACUCAUCUAAUCUACGAACGAGUGCUUAGAACGCCCUUAGCCCAGAUAAACUCCCCGCUCGUCUUGAAACACGAAUCCUGUGUUAGAAAAUCUAAGAAAAAUUCGGAAAUUUCUACCGAAUCUACUAAGUAUCAUAACCAAGCUAUAUCCCCUAAAAAUAAGGAAAUACGCCACGAAGAAGCGUCUAUAGAAGGGACCGUCAUGAAUAUAAUCAGUAGCGAUAUAGAUCGAGUCGUGAACUUUUUCGGCAGUUUUCAUUCAUUUUGGAGUUUGCCUCUACAGAUUAUCAUAUCAUUAUACUUGCUUUACACACAGGUCGGAAUGACAUUUUUGGCCGGUAUAGCCCUAGUCAUUAUCAUGAUUCCGGUAAACAAAUGGUUGGCCACUCGUAUAGCUUCAUACAGCACGAAUAUGAUGAGGGUCAAGGAUGCUCGGCUUAAACAUUUGUCACAACUUAUUAGCCAUUGGAAGGCUGUAAAAAUGAUGCACUUGGAAAACUAUUUUGAAGAACGCGUGACAAAGGCCAGAACCGAAGAACUAAAAUACGUGGCCAAGCAGAAAUAUCUUGACGCGCUUUGCGUAUACUUCUGGGCUACCACGCCCGUUUUGAUGUCAGUAUCCACUUUUGUGUCUUACAUAUUGUAUAGAGCGUACAUAGUAUAUCACACCGACGUGAUUCCUCCGGGAAACUCGGAAAACGUUAUCAUAACCCUGGACGCUUCAAAAAUAUUUACUAGCCUGGCCUUAUUCAACAUGCUCAUCUCUCCACUCAACUCUUUCCCCUGGGUCAUAAAUGGACUGAUCGAGGCUUGGAUUUCCCUGGGUAGAAUACAAUCGCUCACUGAUCAUUUGAAACCUUCGCUGCAUCCCUCGGAAACUGAUGCCUUUGCUAAUAAUCAAGUCGCCGACGACGAAUGUACCGUAACAUACCGCGGUACAUCUAUCUUGGAUCAUAAAAUGUUUAAGAAUGAUUUCGAUACCGUCAAUAAACCCUUCGCCGGAGGGCUUCUCAAACGAGUUAUAAGACUGGAGAAAAGUACAUUUUCGUGGCAGCACGACUGCUUGGAACCAAAUAGCGAAUCGCAGACAAUCGUAAUAUCUGCUGACGAAAAUAACAUCUCGCCCAACUCCAAUUUUCUACUUUCGGACAUCGAUUUAAUUAUCGAUCUUUCCCACGCUGGGUUGAUUGGCGUGACUGGAGCAACCGGGAGCGGUAAAACAUCCCUACUCAUGGCUCUCAUGAACGAGAUGCACCUAAUUAAUGGCCGUUACUUUAUGGAAUCCGUCGCGAAAUCGGAAUUUAAUUCUAAUACUCUAAAUCAGCAGAAUGUGAAUUGGGCCAAUUUACCACUCGCUUAUUCAGCCCAAGUACCGUGGAUCAAGCCGGGAACCAUUCGUUCCAAUAUACUUUUCGGUUCGCCCUUUCUUCUCGAACGAUAUAACGAAGUUAUCAAAUCUCUCAAACUUGACGAGGAUUUCGACACUAUGCCCUUGGGUGACUUGACAAAAGUCUGCCCUGAUGGUGCUGAAACCACUGGAAACUCUCUCAGUGGUGGCCAAAGAACCCGCAUAUCACUGGCUCGGGCUAUGUAUCAAGACGCUGACCUUUACCUGUUGGAUGAGCCAAUGGCAGCAUUGGAUAAUCAUGUGGCGAGUCACGUGUUUUAUAAAGCCAUUUUGGGCUUCUUGGUGGGGCGGUGUGGGAAAGUGGUAAUUUUCGUGUGCGGUCGCGCUACAGAGGCCAUUUUGAACAGAUGCGUUAUUAUAUGGAACCUAGACGGGAAUGGUCACUUGAAUAUACAAAAUGGGCAAGUCUAUAACAAUGACAAAAUCUCGAGGAAAGAUAAUGGCCAUCAAGAUUUGAUGACUAAAGAAAAUAUGCCGGAAAAGUGCCUGAAUGAUAUAGGAAAUUUUGUGGAAGAUACUUUAUCGGGAGAUGAAUCCACCGAAUUUGAAAGCAGUAACGGUCGAACCAUACACGCGUCCACGUUGACAUAUUACAUUCGUAGUGUGGGGUACUUUCUCUUCUGCGCCAUUUUACUGUCUUUCCUCGCCAUGCAGCUAACCAGAAACGGCUGCGAUUGGUGGUUAACUUAUUCCAGUUUUGACGAAACGCGCCCCUCGCACUCCCCGAAUGAUAAUGAUAAUAAUCACACAAAGCCGCCCAAUACAACUUUUUAUUAUGCUUUACCUUUAUCAUUGACACCUUUAUUUAAAGUCCUUAACCAUCCCUCCGCAUUGGAUAUAUUUGGGCCGGUAUCUUCCAUUGAAUACAUUUCUCACUCUUUUCACCGCUUUAUCCCUUUAAUGAUUAGCUCGAAUUUUCCUAAAUUAUCGUCACCUUCUCACAUAACGCAUCAUACUUCCAUAGGCCAUGCGUUUCGCUUGAUCAACGAUUCUCACAUUUUCCCGCCUAUCGUGAAGACUUAUGAUCAACUGACAAAAUCCUCUAGGAAAAUAAAAAAUACUCUUCAUAAUUUAUUAAAUACCAUUAACCCUUUUAAUUUAACUAAUUAUAAUACUGGCCGAAAUUUGAUUAAUGCAGAGCACACCUUGAAAGUUGACGAGAUCCAUAAUACACUUAAUGCAUAUUUGAGUACCACAAAAUAUCACAACAUCAAUCUUAACUCACCUAACAUACAAAAACCCGAUACUCCUCAAGCCUGGGUCCACAUAGACACCCUUAAUUAUUCCCUCCGUCUAUUCCUAUUUGUUUACGUUCUCCUGGGCUUAACGAAUUCUCUUUUCACUGCUGCUAGAAGCUUCAUUUUUGCGUUCGGAGGACUUGUGGCCGCUAGAAGAUGCCAUGCUGAACUAUUUAGUUCAUGCCUGCGCGCUGACCUAUCGGCCAAUAAGAACGAUGAUAAAAUUAAAAAAAAGAACAAAUCCAAUACGAAUAAAACUUCACCCUCGAUCGAAUGGUGUCUAUUAAAUCGGUUCUCCGCCGACACCUAUACGGUUGACAAUUCUCUCCCUUUUGCUUCGAACAUUCUGCUCGCUCAGGCAUUCGGCUUGGCAGGUGCUUUAUGCGUCGGAUUUUGGGCCCAACCUAUGCUCGUGCCACUAACCUUACCUUUGACCACGUUACUCUACCUGGAUUUGCAAAGUUUUUACCGGGGAGCAUCCAGAGAAAUUCGAAGACUCGAAGCUUCGGCUCUCAGUCCUGUGUUAGCGAGAGCUGGGGAGGCCAUCGAAGGAAAAGUUCACGUCAGAAACAUGUGGUGCGGGGUUGAUAAGGAAACGAUAUUUGAAAUGGGGCUAACAGGAAAUCGCUAUGAGAAUGGAGAUGAUGGAGCGAGAAUAAUAAAAAGCUCGGUCUUUCAGCACAUUGCACCCGCGUUAAACCGCUUUACAAAGGGAUUUGCUCGAACAGUAGACGCCUACCUAACCGUCUCCUUUAAUUCCAACGCCCUCAGUCAAUGGCUUAAUAUCAGACUUCAAUUAUUUGGAACCAUUUUUAUUUCCGCUUUGGUUGUCAUGAUAACUUUGCAAAACAAAUACUUACCCGCCACAAUUGACGACGCCACCAUUGGUUUAGCGCUCUCUUACUUUUUAGCACUGACAGCUAGAUUGGGAGGCCUGGUUACCAUUUUGGUUGAUACGGAGAAAGAUUUUAUUAGCGUGGAAAGAAUUAAAGAGUUCGGUGACUCAUUGACACCCGAAGAUGACUCAUAUGAUAGUGUAAAGGAAAUGCGAAGUGAAAAGACUGAAGAAGUUGAAUCUAACGACCGUGCUGGAGAUAUCAUAUUCCGAAACGUUUCAGUUGAUUAUAAUUCUAAUGACGACAAUUCUCGCGAUUAUUUUUUGGCUUUGAACAACGUCUCAUUUACCAUCAAUUCGCGCGAGAGGAUAGGAGUGGUAGGAAGAACGGGCGCAGGAAAAAGCACGCUAUUCGCGACUUUGCUCAAAAUGACCAAAUUAUCACGGAUCGAGAAUGACAUCGUUCCGUUCAUCAGUGUUAGCGGUUACGAUCUGAUUAACGUUAGAUCUUCGUUACUAAGGGGUCACCUCAUAUCCGUUGUACCCCAAUCUCCCUUUAUCCUGCCGGCUUCCAUUAGAACUAAUCUGGAUCCUCAAAGAUUAUUUACAGAUUCACAAAUAAUCGAAAGACUUCACGCGUCUGAUCUAAAUCGCAGUAUCCUAGAAGGAGGAAUAACUUUGGACACCUUAGUUUCAACAACGUCGUCUCCCGAUUCAGAGAUGCCUAACUCUAUCAAUAAUAUUUGUUCAAACUAUACUAAAAAUAGAAUCGAGUUGUCUCACGGUCAAAAACAGAUAUUGUCUCUCGCCAGAGCCGUUAUAAGUGAAAGAAAGGUAAUUUUAAUAGAUGAACCAACAUCGAAUCUGGAUAAGCCCAGCCAAGAUUUUAUAAUGGAUUGCAUAUUCAACAGCCCGGCCUUGCAGAAUAGUACAAUACUCAUAAUAGCGCACAGGCUAGAAACCUUAACGCGAUGUGAUAAAAUAAUGGUUUUAGAGAGGGGAAAGUUAGUAGAAAUGGAUACACCAGAUGUUUUAUUCAAUAACCCGGAAUCUAAAUUAUCCUCUUUCGCAAACACUUUUUAAAACUAAAUAUUUCUGAUAUGUGCUCUAAAAAAAUUUUUUUUUUGAAGUUUAUGAAAAAAUAUUUUUGUUUAAAAAUAAUUUCGUGUAAUUUUAUUUAUUUUAUUAUAAACGUUUAUAUACCAAUUACUUUUCUAAAUUAUAUUGAGUAAUGUAAUGGUAAUUUAUAACAUAAUGAUAAAUUUUUCAUAAAAUAUUACAAUACGAUAGUCAAUCCAUCAUAGACAUUCUGACCUUAAGUUAUAAUAACCUGCCAAAAAAAAAAUAAACUUCGCGAUAAUAUUUAUUCUAUAAACGAUCUAAUCUUCGCUAUGAUUUAAUUUAUAAUUUAGGCAAUUAUUAUUUUUUGUAUACCAUAGCUUUAUUUUUUUUUUAAAAUAAUGCUUAAUUAUUUUAAUGCUUAUGCUUUAACUCUGCAUUCAAAGUUAGCGCGAAUUCGCGACGAAAUAUACAAGCAUUUUUGUUUACUUCGCUGCGAAUGAAGAGUAACAGGGGAGAUGGGUCGUGAUUAUUGGUAUAAUAUAAAUAACAAAUUAUAUGCAAAUUAUUUUAUCAAAAUAUUUAUUAUUUAUAUAUACUAUUUAUUUAAAAUCUUUUAUAUUGUAUAUUAAUAAUAAUAAAUGAAUUAUGAUAAAAAUUGGUGGGAUAUUUAAACUUUAAAA